GCGGGCUCCGUGCUGGCGCUGGCGCUGGUGCCCUGGAACCCCGAGCCUCGCGUCCCCGCCCUGGACCUCGCCGCGGUGGCCGUGGACCGCGCCGGCGGGCGCGGCCCCGCCACGGAGUCGCUGCUGUUCCCGGGCCUCACCCUGGCCACCCGCGGGCGCGGCCCGGCCGCGCGGGCGGCGGCGGGAAGGCGGCGACCCCGUGCGCCGCGAGCUCCAGCACCAGGGCCACGGCCGCGGCCUGAGCCCGCGGGCCCGAGAGGUCCCUCGGGGGUCCCCGAGCGGGGUGGUGACCACGCCGCGUGGUGA